CUCUUCCUGACUGGCUGGUCAUCGCCUGGUCAGACUAAAUCAACUGUUUAAUGAUGAACUCUUUACACAGGAAUGUGCCAGGAUCAGACCCUGACGGCCUGGCUUACUCUGGUGAUUUGAUUCAUACCCUCAUUCACCAAUAAAUGGAAACUGGAUUUGCACAAGGACGUUCACUAUUGUUUCAACAUCGCACACUUUGGUGGCAUAUGAUGUCAUCGCAAAUAGAAAUGAAAUCGCCUCUACAUUGGAGCAAAGUGUCGCGUUAGAUUCAGACAGGUGACACGGAGGCGGAAAGGAUUUCUGACACUGCGUGGAAAAAAAGUGGAGAUCCGCAGUAGACUGACCGUGAAAGCAGGAGUGAACCACUUUUUAGCAUCUCACAUUGCCUAUUGUGGGAGCACCCCACCGGAGUGAUCGAUCCCUGCAACCUGUGCGCAUGGCACGCAGUGGACCGAUAUUGAGUCGAAGGCGGUGUUGUGGCUGUACGGUGACGUCUUAAGGCAGGUCCUGGUCAAACCUACCAAUGGUACUAGUCGGUCCUACUCUGCUGGGACUGAUCGCAAUGAAUGGGUUUCGGAGCUCUGCACGGCAAAGGAGCACCCACAGCGCGACGAGGCGGAUAAGGGGAUGCGGCAUCGGAACGCGGGAGCGGUCCAUCAGCACCACAUACCAGACGAAGAGCGAGGGAACAACGAGCAGAGCCGAGAGCAAGUCGCGCCCGUUUUCAGUCUGCCGCCCCCGCCCUCUUCUCACCACAGAGUCCGCACUCCAACCACCGCCGCUCAGCGCCAGAGCCCCCAGGAGCUCCCGUGUGUGAGCCAGCCCCCUCGGAGACCGGUUCACAGCGGCGACCCGCUGCCGCUGGCGAGCUGCGACAGCAGCCGGCGACCUUCACAGCGAGGCGGAGAACGCAGCGCCGGUCAGCCGGUGCACCUGCGGCAGGAUCCCAUUCCCUGGGCCCCGGACGGCUCGCAGCAACCGCCGCAGCUGCAGUCAGAGAGGGAGGCUGUUUUUCCAAGCUGCCACUGCAGUUUCUCGGAACAAGAAGCGAGCCUUCCUCCAAAUCAAUUCCGUCCUGUAGACUUUCUCCCCCCGCAGCCCUCCCCGCCUUUCCCACCACUUCUGCCGCCGCCACCAACGUCUUCCUCCUCCUCUCUGCUCUUUUCCCGUAGAUCUGGAAGAGGGGAUCGUCUCCGAAGGAGCGCCAAUAAUUACCAACAGGCGAACACCGUGGAACGCUGCAGGGGAGGAGGAGGCGCAGGAGGACACCAAGACCACAGGCAGUUGCAGCCACAGCAGCAGCAGCAGCACUGUCAUUUAGGACUCCAACAGAGGGACCCCUCCCCUGAAGGAAGCCGUGCAAACUCACAAAAAGGGCACUCUUUAGAUGCACGCGAGUCAAACGAGACUAAGAAAGCGUUCGAGUGUCAGAUUCAGGAUCUGCAGCAGCAACAGAUCCCACAAUUGCGAGCGCAGCAACAGCUACUGGUGGGAAGCAGCCUGCCCGUCAACUACUGCGCAAGCGGCUCCGGAGAGCUAUGUAGAACUCACCGGGCUCCUCUGCUGCAACAGCAGGAGCGGCAGCAGCUGCUGCAGCAUCGGCAGCUGCAGCAGCAGCAGCAGCAGCAGCAGCAGCAGCAAGGCGCGCCGGGGCUCCGUCCCCAGCCUUCGCAGCAGCAGCAGCACUGUGACAGAGAACGCAAUAAGUGUGGACGGAUAGCCGCGGAGGGCGGUCAGGCGCAGUCACACAGUCGCGUAACCCCCCCUGCAACACCGCACGCAUACGCGGGGAACUCGUCUGCUUCUGGCAGCCACAGCAGCAAAGACAGCCCAAACUACGGCUCCAGCUAUCACCUGUGGCCCGAGAGCCCGCAUAAAGGAGAGGAGAGGAUCCGCAUCGACCUCCAUAAGACCUCAACUGAGCAGAAGAAGCUGAGCCAUGCUGGAUCCAAGCCCUCCCUCUCUGAGAGCAGUGGCCGACUCCCUCAGAUAGCCAUGAACACCUGCAAGUACAAUGGCGGAGUGGUAAGACCACUAGUAGGCAGCCUGGCGUCCUCGUCGCGCCGAAACCUUGCGGAGCUCGACUCAGAAACGCAACCCUUGCAGACGCUGCACAGCUCUGGCUUGGAGGUGGUGGUGUCCAAGGGCAAUGGUGGAGAGGACCCCAGUAAGGCGUCCAACGAGAGCCUGGUAAGGGAGGGUAGCGGGCGAGGCGGCAGCAGGGCUCCACAGAAGAAGAACAAGGACAUUGGCUACAAGCUCGGUCACCGGAGGGCGCUGUUCGAGAAGCGAAAGCGACUCAGUGACUACGCACUCAUCUUCGGGAUGUUUGGGAUUGUUGUCAUGGUGACGGAGACAGAACUUUCAUGGGGGGUUUACACUAAGGAAUCCUCAUACUCAUUUGCACUGAAAUGCCUUAUCAGCCUUUCCACUGUUAUUUUGCUUGGUCUUAUAAUAAUGUACCACGCCCGAGAAAUCCAGCUGUUCAUGGUCGACAAUGGAGCAGAUGAUUGGAGGAUAGCCAUGACAUAUGAGCGAAUCUUCUUCAUUGUGCUGGAGCUUCUGGUGUGUGCCAUUCACCCCAUCCCAGGCCAGUAUGUCUUCACUUGGACGGCGCGGCUGGCCUUUACCUACACACCGUCUGUGGCUGACGCCGACGUGGACAUCAUCCUCUCUAUACCCAUGUUCCUGAGACUCUACCUGAUUGGCAGGGUCAUGUUACUCCACAGCAAGCUGUUCACGGACGCCUCGUCCCGCAGUAUCGGCGCCCUCAACAAGAUCAACUUCAACACGCGCUUUGUCAUGAAAACCCUCAUGACCAUCUGUCCGGGAACAGUGUUGCUGGUGUUCAGUAUAUCCUCCUGGAUCAUUGCUGCAUGGACUGUGCGUGUCUGUGAGAGGUAUCAUGACAAACAGGAAGUGACCAGUAACUUCCUGGGAGCCAUGUGGCUCAUCUCGAUCACCUUCCUUUCUAUUGGCUACGGUGACAUGGUACCACACACGUACUGUGGGAAAGGCGUGUGUCUUCUUACAGGGAUCAUGGGGGCAGGUUGCACUGCGCUGGUGGUAGCAGUGGUUGCCAGGAAGCUGGAGCUGACCAAGGCUGAGAAGCAUGUCCACAACUUCAUGAUGGACACACAACUCUGCAAACGAGUAAAGAACACAGCUGCCAAUGUACUCAGGGAAACAUGGCUCAUUUACAAACACACCAAGCUGGUGAAGAAGAUCGAUCACGCUAAGGUGCGGAAACACCAGCGCAAGUUUCUCCAAGCCAUCCACCAAGCUCAGAAACUGCGCAGCGUGAAGAUGGAGCAGAGAAAACUCAAUGAUCAGGCCAACACCUUGGUGGACCUUGCAAAGACCCAGAAUGUGAUGUAUGACCUGGUGUCGGAGCUGCAGGAGCGCAGCGAGGAGCUGGACAAGCGGAUCGGGACACUGGAGGACAAGCUGGACUCGGUGGCGGGCAGCUUGCAGGCACUGCCCUGCCUCAUCUCCCAAGCCAUAACCCAGCAGCAGCAGGACUUCCUGGACGGCUUCGUUCACCGCUUCCGGCCUGCCUCGCUAGCGUCGGAGCGCUCUGAACGCUCAGACAGAUCUUGGACUUCCACCACCCGUAGGCGGCGCUCUCCCUCCACAGCACCACACACGUCUUCUGACAGUGGAUAACCUUGAGGAACCCUGUAUUAGUCCGCCGUAUCAGACAGCACCUUUUUUCCAAACACCCCCCCUCACCACAUCCUGUCUGAUCCAAAGCUGUCCCUGCAUCCACUGCGAGUCCAUGUCUGGACUAAUAAUUAACCAUAUCUUGACCCUGUGACCUGAUUCUCACCUCUAUUCUCUCUCUUCCUCUUCCUCUCUGACUCUCUCUCUUUCUCUCUUUCCCUCUCUGUCUCUUUCUCUCUCUCUUGCCUAGUCUCUCCCUUUUUUUCCAUUCUCCCACGUCAACCCCCCCCCCCCCCCCCCCCCCCAAAAAAGAAAGAAUCCAAAACCUCCAAAGUCCAGUUUUUCUGUAACUGAGCCUCUCAGCACACAGAAUUGUGGAUUAGAGCUACUCAAAAAGAACAAGAAAAGGCAAACAAAUAACGGGGAAAACACAAAAUGCAUCCAAAAAUGUCAAAGAGAAAAAAAAAAGAUAAAAAAAUGACAGAGAUAAUGUAGAGGUAUGGUUUAUGUUUUAGCCAUUGUAUGGCUGUUCCUGUUAGCUUUUUUGUAAAAGCCCUUGUAUAGUUAAAAAAUGACUGAGUUCAGGGUCGCUGGAGUGAGAGCUGGCUAUCACACCGGAGAGUCCUUAACCACACGGGGUGGGGGGGAUGUUGGUCUGUGGAGCAGAGGUCCUUGGGUCACCUGCUGGCCCUCUGGGGCCACGGAGGACAUCUGUCCACCCAUCUGUCCGUUUCUCUGUUUGUUCAAGGAGAGGAUCCAGAUAAACCAUUUGAUUUCCUUCACAAAAAGACAGGUGUCAUGGAUUCUUUCUCACAGCUUAGGGUGAAAGCUUUAGGAGAAACCACGAAAGCUCUGACUCCAGGUCAGUGUCUGAAAAUGCACUUCAAGAGGAGGAGAAAUGGUCGCAUGAAAAGAGGAUGGACAUGGCAUUAUUCCAAGGUAGGGGAAAUGUACUCGUUUGCCAACUUCAAGGUAUCAGCUUCCUUGUUCUUACCAAGGAAGAAAAAAAAAAGAGAGCAACUAUCUUUUUUAGUUACAUAUUGACAUGUGAUUUUUCAGUGCCUGAAUGUAUAAAUAGUAGAGGGUUAUUUAAUUACUAAUUUCAAAGCUUUUUUACAAUGUUAACAGUCUGAAUACAGCAUUGCAUUCCUUUUUCAGAUACAUUCCUCUCCAAAAAUGUAAAGAAACUGUCUUAAUGUAAUGCAUAUCAUUGCCUCCAUUACACCGCAACUCCAAACAUCUUCUUUUUUUUUGAUUCCUGUUUCUACUAACAGUAACAAAUGAAAAGUUCAGAAAUGAACAUAGAGAAUAUUUGUUAGUCUGACUUCUGUCUCAGUGCUGCACACCACAAUGAAACAUGAUGUAGUCUACCUUUCUCACCAGUUAAUUAGAGCUUCCUGUGGUCUUGGGAAAUCGGCAUGGCUUGAAUGGUGCUGUUAUACAGCCACACAUCAGCGGAGGAACUGAGAAACCUGCCUGGCUCCUUUGCAUGGUUCUGUUGCAAAAUAAUGAGAGAUCACAAUCUUCCUGGCUUGAUUAUUUUACAAUUGUUUUUGAUUUUAUUAUCGUACUUCUGUUUGUUUGUUUGUCGCUUUCUAUCCUUUUUUAAAUACAUUUUUACUUUUUUAACUAGGAUAUUUAGCAUUUUAGAUUUGCCGAUCUUAGAGAGUUGCGGUAAUGUUAAUUCUGUAAUGCAUUCCCUGUUUAAAAUAUGAGGUGAGGGUUAAAAAGUCACUAUUACAAAAAAUAUUGAAAGGAUCCAAAUAAAAGUGUUGAAGAAACUUAGAACAGUGAGCCGAUCCGUCUUUAAAUGGGAAAGAAACGCUUCCGUUCUACCUGGCUUUCUUGCUGACUGUUUGACUGUUAUCACUCCUAUGUCUGAGCUAUAAAUAUGAAAUAAAAUUUAUAUUAGCUAAAUUGGUUGGAUUAUAAAAACUAGGCCACUAAAUGCCAGUUUUGCAACAUACAAAAACAGUUUACUUUUUUUUCACAGAAUUUGAAAAAAAAAGUGAAUUUAUGUGUUAUUGGUCCCUACUGUGAAACUAUUCCUACAUGAUGGUUCACCUUCCAGAUCUAGAUAGGAGAAAGGCCCAAUAAAAUGAUAAAACUGA